UACUACAUAAAUCAUAAUAAAUAAUAUAGGCUUUAUCAGCAAGUUUUGCAAUGGAAAUUUUCACUCCGAGAUUGACAGCAAAGUAUUUUUUGGAUGACGAUGAUAUUACCGGUGAAAAAUGUCGUACUUGUUUGAAAAAAACUACAGAUAUUUGGCAGGUUUUUCAAUCUGAUGAAGAAAUAUCCUCGAGGAUUAUGGCCUGCGCCGCCGUCCAGGUACAAGAAGGAGAUGGACUUCCCAACGUCAUAUGUUAUUCUUGUCGCGAGUUGCUGGACGUUUCUUACAAUUUCAAAUGCCAAGUGGAAAAAUCAGACGCUAAAUUUCGCGAGGCAUUGAAAAUGCACCAGCCAAUGUUGCAUGAAGAUACAGUAGCUCAAUCAGUUAACGAAGUGAUAACUGAAGCAAUUUCGGAUGAGAUUUCAAACAGACAAAUGGGGGAGAGUAUAAGUCAUGGGAGUGAAAGUGUGGAGACUUAUCAAACCGAAGAGUAUCUCCAUGAUGAGGACGAUGACGAUGAUGUUGAUGAUGACGAUGACGAGGAGGAGGAUUCAGUUGCAUUUGAGGGAGCCCCCGAUGGUGGAAAUAACGAUAAGAAAAUAUCUCUCAAUAUUUCUCCGUUCGUGGAGAGCAGCGAAAUUUUCAGGCAAGGGCAAACGUUCGAGAAAUCAGAGGAGGAUCAUCUCAAGUCGGAGUCGAUUAACAAGGAGGUGGAGGCCUGUGGGGAUCAGCUAAAUCAUAUGUCCGAUGGAAAGACGUUGGAAGAGCAAAUUGGGAGUGGGGAAGAAAAGCCAUUUUACUUGGUCCUCACGAAAAACACAAGCGGAGGUGAAAAUAAUGGAGACAAUGGGGGUGGAGACAACGAAGAAAUGGCUAAAAAUACCCUGGACACCAGUGGAAGUGAGGUGAAGGAGGAGGGGCCUGUUGGCUGUCCCCGGGACAAAGAUUUUGCCAAUAAAUCGUGCGAUCAAGUCACGCGAAUAAACACCGAAGUCACUGGGAAUAAAACAAAAUACAGAUACGUCUGUUACAUGUGUGAGAAGCAAUUUGUGACUGUAGAAAAAUUGAAGAUUCAUGUGGCUGAUAGCCACGAUUGUCCGGAGAAUCCGGAGAAAAACUCCGGAGAAGUCAAUCCUGUGGAGAAUAUUCCAUGCGAUGAGAAUGAGACUUCGGAAAAAAAUGAUACCUCUGGCGCAGUGAGAAAAAAAAAGAGUAAAUUUUCUUGCAAAUACUGCCCAAAGCAAUUUACGUACGAAAAGUCGUUUUCAACUCACGCAAAGCGACAUCCAGAGUACAAAAAAAGGGAGAAAACUGUUGAGGGAAAGGACAAGUGUGAUGAACGACGACUCCACAACGAUUCUGAGGACGACGAUAUGCCUCUGGAGGGCCUACAAUGCACCCAGUGUGGAAAAUUAUUUGCCACCAAGAGAAAUCUCAAGAGACACCUCUCUACCCACAGCGGUUUAAAAUUCAACUGUCCAACGUGCCAAAAAGAAUUUUCACGGGCUGAUAAAAUGAAGGAGCACGAACAGUCUAAGCACAGAAAUGAAUUUUUUUCCCUCUCCGAUGAUAACAAUGACACGGAUACUGACAAUGAAAGCGAAAAUAAACGGGAUGGCGAUAAUUCCGAUAGUCGAAAGAAGGGGAAAAACCAAAAGCCCCACCAGUGCCCCAUGUGCCCAAGAAGUUUCGCUCACAGUCAGACAUUAGCGAAUCACGUGGAGCGUCACAAAAGAAUAAAGCAACCGCAGAAGCGAUUUCUCUGCGAGGUCUGCAGUAAAUGUUUCGCCCAAAGUGGUUCGCUAGUCGCCCAUAUGCGCACCCACACCGGAGUGAAGCCCUACGUGUGCAACGUCUGCAGUCGUGCAUUUACGAAGAGUACAUAUUUACAAUUGCAUUUGAGGACACACAGCGGUGAAAAACCCUACAUAUGCCAGUACUGCAGUAGAGCAUUUGCAAGGGCGAAUACCUUAGCCCGACACAUAACAAUGCACACAGGGGAGGCUAAAUACCACUGUCAAAUAUGCAUGAAGUCCUUCAGACGCCUGACAUCCCUCAACGAGCAUACUUUCACUCACACUGGCCAGCGGCCCUACGCCUGUAAAAUAUGUACCAAGAGAUACAAUAAUGCUGGCUCACUCUACGCGCACACGAAGAAGUGUAAAGCCCAGCAAUUGUCAUCGAGUAAUCCAGCAAUCAGUAACUAUGCAGUCCCCCUUGACAACAGCCAUCCGAGUGACCCCAGUGCCCCCAUGAACUGUCAGCCCUCCCCAAUGUUAAUUUAUUCUCCUAAAAAAUGUGAUCCAGAACCACCUGUUAAUCCAGAAACACCAAUGCCUGAGUUCAUCCUCCCUAAUGUUCAGCCUGAAAAAUCACUGUCACCCAAUCUCAUUCAACCUGUAUCUACUCACGACACUAGUUUGUAUUCAGUCAAUACAAAACAAUUCAAGAAUUUUUAUUACACAACAUAUCCAAGUCUGUAAAUUGCCAAAUUUACCAAUGAUUUUUCAUGACGCAUACACUAUUCCAGAGGACUGUAAUUAUUUAACUAUAACAAUAAUAGUUUAUUGUUUUCAUACUCGUCAAUAGUUUUGCCCUUUUGCUAAAAAAUCCAUUUAG